AUGGCAGGCCUACACGCAAGAUCUGCAAUGGCUGCCCCCUUCUCUUUGGCCGCGGCCUUCCGAAGUCUUUCCAUCGCCACACCCAAGCGAUCCUUCUCAACAACGCCGGAAACGCAAUCGGUUCCAAAACUACCAGAGACCGCCCCGGUCUAUCCUUAUGGAGAACGCCAAUGGUACAAGCAGGCUGAUUCUGGUCUCUAUGGAGGCGCUUCGAUCCGAUUCGGUAACAAGAUCUCCAAGGGACGCAACGCAGGCAAGACACGACGAAGCUGGAAGCCCAACGUACGCCGAAAGAAGAUCGAGAGCGAUGCCCUGGGCGAGUCAGUGUUUAUCAAGGUCACCCGUCGCGCCUUGCGAUCAAUCUACAAGGCUAAGGGCCUGGACAACUAUUUGCUUUCUGAUCGGCCAACACGCCUCAAGGAGCUCGGUCCUUUCGGUUGGAACCUUCGACACCAGAUCAUGCAGACCCCGGCGAUCAAGGAGAAAUUUGAACACCAGCGCAAGAUGUACGGUAUCUCUGAGCCUCCGUCAUUGAGCAAAUGGAUGAGGGACCAUAGGCUGGAAAUUAGGAACAAAAUUGACAACUUGGACAUUGACGCAAUGACCAAGCCUCGCAAGUCUCCGCGAAGCACCCAGUCUUAUGCUCGGUAG